UGCAGCAGGGCGUGUGUGGCAGGUGGAGGAGUGUUGUGGCAGCUCCUCCCUCCAGCCCGUCUCUGCGCCUCCUAGUCCUCCUCCGCUGUGGGAUUAUAAAGAGCAGGGCAGGAGCAGGGGAGUGCACCACAGUCGCUCUCUCCUCGUCUCUUCUUCUCCAGGUUCUCCUCUCCAACAGCAGCCAUGUGCAGCAUCGGUAGCUACGGCGGUGGAAGUGUAAAUGUCAGAAGUUCCAGGAGUGUGUACGGCGCCCCCGGCGGUAUGAGGGUCUCCACGAGCUCCAUGGGCGGCGGUGGCGGCGGUGGCAGCUAUGGGUUCGGCUCCGGAGGCGCUGGAGGCUACGGCAGCGGUAGCGGCUUCGGUGGUGGCGGCGGCUUCGGUGGCGGCGGCUUCGGUGGCGGCGGCUGCGGCUUUGGAGGAGGAGGAGGAGGAGGAGGCGGAGGAGGAGAUGGCUUCGACGUUAGCGCCAACGAGAAGGCCACCAUGCAGAACCUGAACGACCGCCUGGCCACCUACCUGGAAAAGGUGCGCUCCCUGGAGCAGGCCAACGCCGAACUGGAGCUGAGGAUCCGACAGUUCCUGGAGAACAAAACCUCUCCCGGAUCCCGAGACUACUCCGCCUUCUUCGUCACCAUCGCCGACCUGCACAACAAGAUCCAGGGCGCCACGUGUAUCAACGGAGGCAUCUACCUGGCCAUCGACAACGCCAAGCUGGCGGCGGACGACUUCAAGACAAAGUGGGAGAACGAGCUGAGCAUGCGGCAGUCGGUGGAGGCGGACAUCGCCGGACUCAAGAGGCUGCUGGACGAGCUGACUUUGGCCAGGUCUGACCUGGAGAUGCAGAUUGAAGGGCUGAAGGAGGAGCUGAUCUUCCUGAAGAAGAACCAUGAGGAGGAGAUGCUCGGCCAGCGGCAGCAGAUGACGGGCCAGGUGAACGUGGAGGUGGACGCGGGGCCGACGCAGGACCUGAACGCCGUCCUGUCGGAAAUCCGCGAGCAGUACGAACAGGCAUCGGCCAAGAACAAGAAGGAACUGGACGCCUGGUUCCAAGAGAAGGCGGCGACGGUCAAACAGGAGGUCGCAGUGAGCACAGAAACCAUCAACACGUCCAAAACUGAGCUCUCAGACCUCAACCGGCUGCUGCAGUCCCUGCAGAUAGAGCUCCAAUCACAGCUCAGCAUGAAAGGGUCACUCGAGGGCACGCUGCAGGAGACGGAGAACCGGUACUCAGGUCAGCUGCACGGCUUCCAGUGCCAGGUGACCAGCCUGGAGGAGCAGCUGGUCAACCUGCGCGGUGACAUCGACCGCCAGGGCCAGGAGUACCAGAUGCUGCUGGACGCCAAGACGCGCCUGGAGCUGGAGAUCGCAGAGUACCGCAGACUGCUGGACGGGGAGGCCAGGUGGGUCAGGGGACGGGCCACGUGUCUUUACCCGAGCACUGGCAGCAGCUCCAGCUCCAGCACCACCACUACCAAGACCACCUACCGCGUGGUCACAGAGGCUGAACCCACCAGUAAGGACAGCCCUCUCGACCGCAGGCAGAGCACCAGGCGAGGCCAACAGCUCCCCCCUACACACCCAGGAACCAGAGGCCAACACCUCCCCCCUACACACCCAGGAACCAGAGGCCAACACCUCCAAACUACACAUCCAGGAACCAGAGGCCAACACCUCCAAACUACACAUCCAGGGACUCCCCUCUCCUACACACCCAGGAAUCAAAGACCCAGAGCUGUCGUGUCGUGCCCGCUGUAUUUGGAUCCAAUCAAAAUAAUAAAGAGUGCUCUACCUUGCUGACUAAAA